AUGGUGAAUUUUGUGAGGCGGCUGAAGGCCAAGAUGAAGAGGACAAUGAUGCUCAUAUUGAAGCGCUUGCCUUUCCCUUUUCCAGAACAUCGAAUCAAUGAUUUACCAGAGCCUAGGCCACAGAAAUUAGCAAUCACCUUUGGGCUUUGGCAACUCCCUGCCAUUAAAAAGUUGAAUGAUACAUAUCCUUCAUAA